AUGGCGGGGCGGCCGCGCUUCCUCUGCGGCGUGGUGGAAGGUUUCUAUGGGAGACCAUGGUCUAUGGAACAGAGGAAACUUCUCUUUCAAUGGCUGAAACGGUGGGGGCUGAACUGCUACAUGUAUGCACCCAAGGACGAGCUGAAGCACCGGCUGCUCUGGCGAGAGCCCUACACAGAGCAUGAGGCAGCCCGCAUGCGGUCUCUCAUCGAAGCUGCCCAAGAGCAGGGUGUGGAGUUUGUUUUCGCCAUUUCUGCUGGUCAGGACAUGGUGUUUUCAAGUGCCAGGGAUCGGCUCCUGCUGCAGGAAAAACUCAGGCAGGUGGCUGCCAUGGGGUGCCAGUCCUUCGCGCUGCUCUUUGACGACAUCGAUCCCUGCAUGUGUGAAGCUGACAGAGACAUCUUCCCGUCCCUGGCACAGGCUCAGGCCUCUGUGGCCAACGAGGUGUACCAGGAGCUGGGCCAACCCUCCGUCUUCCUCUUCUGCCCUACAGAGUACUGCAGCUCUCUGUGCUCUCCCAGUCCCAGCCAGUCCUGCUACCUUCUGACCAUCGGCCAGGAGCUGCUCCCAGGGAUUGGUGUCAUCUGGACAGGCCCAAAGGUAGUGUCACAGGAGCUCUCAGCCAUGCAGCUGGAGGAGGUGGAGGGUGUCCUGCGGCGCCGCCCCGUCAUCUGGGACAACCUGUACGCCAACGACUAUGACUGCAGACGUGUCUUCCUGGGCCCCUACAUGGGACGUGCCCCUGGCCUCAUGUCCAGGCUCCAUGGACUGCUCCUCAACCCCAACUGUGAACUCCAGGCCAACUUCAUCCCCAUACACACAUUGGGCAGCUGGUUUCGGAGCGAGCUGAGGAGCUGUGCCCACAGUGAUCAUGCAGGGAUGGAGACUGUGACAGCCCUGGAGGACAGCCAAGGCUCAGAGGAGGGGAGCUACAGCCCCCAGGAUGCCUUGGAGCUGGCGCUGCAUGACUGGGUUGCUGAGAUAAACCGGCAGGCCUUGGAGCCAGGAGGAAGGACCCCAAGACACCCCAGCGUCAGCCUCAAGGGAGGAAUGAGGCUGCAGCCUGGCACAGAGAGAGGACACGAGGUCAUGCCCGAACCCCAGCCCCAUGACUCUGUUCCCAGUGGGGCAGACCAGCAUGGCCCUGAGCCCUGCAGUGUGGCACCAGAGGAGGAAAGGAAGAAGGUGACCUCGGAGCCUGAGAAGGGCAGUGGGAGCAGGACCCUCGCUAGCAGUUGGCAAAGCCCCACAGGGAAUGGGGACCAGCUCACCAUGGGGAGCAGAGAGACCUGUGAGCCCUCCUCUGCUCUGCCCAGCAUGGCUGGGAGUGCCCAGUCUGCAGGAACCCCGGUGGCCACCAAGACCCUCCACAGUCCAGGCCCAUCCAUGUGCUGCAGCAAUGGGGCCAACAUCAGCCAGAACAUUCCCCUACCCACCAGUGAUGCCAGGACAGGGGGUGGCAGCCCCCCCCAGUCCCCCAGCAGUACCCAGCCUGAGGACAGCAGGGCUGACAUGCCCCAGACACCUCCAGGGCCUGGACCUGGUACCAGCGCUGGCCUCCCAGCACCGCUCACUGGUGGGGCUGGCGCCAGCCCUAGCUCCCCAGCACCGCUCACUGGUGGGGCUGGUGCCAGCCCUGGCCUCCCAGCACCGCUCACUGAUGAGGUUGGUGCUAGCCCUGGCCCCAUGGCACCAUUGACCCCAGAGGAGGCUGGGUCCAGCCCCAUGGCCCUGCUGACCCUGGAGGAGGCUGGGUCUGGCCCCAUGGUACCACUGACCCCCAAGGAGACCAGGACCAGCCCCACAGCACCAGUGACCCCAGAGGAGGCCAAGUCUAGACCCAUGACACCAGUGACCCCAGAAGAGGCCAGGUCCAUCCCUACGGCACCGCUGACCUCAGAGGACGCUGUGUCUGUCCCUACGGCACUGAUGACCCUUGAGGAGGCCAGGUCCAACCCCACAGCACCACUGACCCCAGAGGAGGCCAGGUCCAGCCCCAUGGCACCGCUGACUCUGGGGGAGGUGCGGAUGCUGGUGGAGCUCUUCUACCUGCCCUAUCACCAUGGGCCACUGGCGCAGCAUCUCCUGGAGCACUUUCGGUGGCUCCGGGCAAACAGCCUCAGUGUGGGGGUUCCGGCCACGGCAACUGAUGCCUGCGAGGGCACACAGUGGCGUGGCCAUGCCCAGUCCUUCCAGCUGCUCUGCAGUCAGACGUGCCGCCUGCACAGCCACUUCGUCAGCAGCACAGGGCAAGCGCUGCUCUACGACCUCCACCCCUACCUCUGGGACAUCCGCAACAUGCUGCUGGCCGCCAGUGCCUUCGUCCUCUGGCUGGAUGGCCAUCUCCUCUGCGACCCUGACCCCAAGGGGACCUGGGGAAGCUGCUUUGGCUGGUGCCAGAGCAUCACUGCCCCGAUCUUGCUUGGGCGGGACGCUGAGCCCUGGGUGCGUCGUGGGGGCCUCUUUGGAGAGCUGCAGGCACUGCUACCUGUGGGGAACAGCUGUGACCUCUUCUACCACCCACCUCCACUCUUCCCAUCCAGCCAGCUGUACCUCCUGCGCCCGCUGCUGCCCCUGGACAAGGGAGAGCUCUACCGAAUGUGCCGGGAGAGUUUGGACUGUGACCCCAAAGUCGCAGAGAUCCUUGCGGCUCACCCCGAUCUCCUCGGUGACAGGCUGCUGGGCAGCUUCCUGAGCCUGAGCCCCGAGUACACAUUUGUGCUGGAGGAUGAGGGUGGUCUGUGCGGCUACGCAGCUGGAGCACUCUGCGCUGAAGGCUUCCUGCAACAGCGAGACAGCAGCUGGCUGCCGGCCAUACGGCACAAGUACCCCCGAGACCUGGGCGGAGGUGCCCCAGCUCUGGGACAGGAUGCCCUGGACGAAGCACUGCUCUUCUUCCACGCAGAGCCACCAGCUGUGCCCCUGCCUGUGCUGCGGCGCUUCCCCUCCCUGGUGCAGCUGGGCACGGCCCCCCGCGUGCUGGAUGUGGGGGCCAGCCGCAGCCUGGCCAUCUGCCUGCUGAGCGCACUCAGGGCCAACGGGUCACGGGGAGUGUUUUGCCAGGUUGGUGCCACUGACCAGCAGCAGCUGAGCUUCUACAGCAAGCUGGGCUUCGUUGACCUGCCAGUGGCCUGGGGCAGCUCUCCUGGCACUCGACUCCUGGGACGUCUCCUCUGA